CGUACAGAGAGAUUAUAUUGUGGCAUGUAGAUCGAAACCCCACCCAGACAAGAAAUUUGAGAAUAAGUACAUGCCGCUCAAACUGUGCUGCUUUCUGAUGAUCAGCAUGGUUCAGUAGAGGGGCAGUGAGAGUGAGGCGGAGAGAUGCGGAUGGCGGAUGGCAAUGAAACCAACGAAGUCAGCAACGCUAGAUCAUGCGCUUGUAUUUGUAUUUCCUCUCAAUAUUCUCAAAAAGGCGCAACUAAACAUUAGUCAUAACGUAAUUGUCCACAUUCCCACUAAGCUCACCUCGAACGCUUCAAAUCUCUUUCUCCACUGUGAAGGCUAAUUCGAAAAUCCAGUUAUAUCUAGAGGACGGAAACCUUUCUCGAAGCAACACAUUGCGUUCGUUGGACCGAUGGCCUUCAUAUACAAAUACUACAUAUAAUCAAUUGCAAUUUAUGGCUACACCAGAGGUCGCCCUUUACAACUCCUAAGGGUCCUCGGUAAACGACUUCCAUAGCCAUGGGGGGAGCACCAUCGCUUGACUGCCGAACCUUGGAUGACUCGACAAUGCCUAUGCGGGGGAUAAGAGCCGAAACUCACUUGCUGUUAUUGGUAUUCUUAUUCCACAUAUCCUUGUCGUCUGCAUAAACAUUGUUUGCCUCUUUCUACUCACUGGCCUGGAAUAUCUUAUGUGUGUUCACCCACUAGUCCAAUGCAC